UAGAAACAAAAAUGCUGCCAGGCAAGUGGCGUGCCUAACGUACGUACCUGGUACGGUACGUACAGUGUGCAGUGCAGUUCAGUGCAGUUCAAAACAGAACGCUUCGUACUUUCAUUCUGCAAUCCGAAUGGGAAACCACGAGCAACACGAAGAUGCAGCAGCUACGGUACGUAMCGUAUGCAUGUCAUCGUCACGCGGACUACAGCAACCCAUCCAUCUUAGCGAUACAGCGUACGGUGCAGCGUAGAUCUAGCCACCAAAGUCGCCGAACGCCGUCCAACAAACCACAGUAGCACAACCAAAAGUGUCCAACAGGAACCGCAACAAACAGCAACAGGAACCGCAGCCCCAAACAUGCUGCAGCAGCACCGAUCUUCGUACUACGACGACCAGCUGGGAACGGCUCGCGUUGCCGCCGCCACGGUCGACGCACCCGACGCAAAGGCCUCCCCGCGUGCCCCCGGGAGGGCCCGGUCGGCGGUGCUGGUUUUCCUGGCGGCGGCGUGGGCAAUUGCCGUCGCCGUCGCCGUCGCCGUUGUCGUUGCCCCCCGGUCCCUCCGUCCCGGCAACAGCAAGGGCAACGCCAAGGGCAACGCCAAGGGCAACGCCAAGGGCAACAGCCGCAGCGGGGUCCGGGAAGCGACCGCGAAGGCGGCCAACGGCGCGGGCCUCCCCUCCGGAGGCCCGGAGGCCCCGCACGGCUUUCCGAGCGACGGGCCCUGGCACGCCUCCUGCCACAUGUCCGUCGUUCUGCCGGACACGGCCUGCCCGGACGCACUGGCAGCGGCCCUGGAASUCAUCGAGGCCAACGUCGACACGGGAACGGAAUUCAAGGGGACGAUGUCGGUCUUCGACAGGGGAAGCGACUGGAUAUGGAGCUCCAGGCUCACCUACGACCGGAGGUACACCGACGACCAGCUCUUUGGGUUUGCAGGGGCUCCCGGCGACCCCUCGUCCUGCUUUUUGGCGAUGCGGUCCCGGUCCCGGUCGAGGAGCGUGCUCGACUACGGGGUCAACUACUGCAACAUGUGGAACGUGGUUUCGCGGCUGCCCGGAUUCGAAGGGGCAGGGSCCCCCCUGGUGUCCGAGUGCUACUCCCGAAACGUCCCCUCCGAUCCGGUGGCGACCUGUGCCAGGUACURAACAACCAACUACUGCAAUGAAGUACUGUACUACCGAAACGAACCAACUGACUGGCUAUGGUAACUAACUKACUGACAAUGGUAACUAACUAACYAACCAACC